UUGUUGAUGAAGUUAACGGAGUUUCUCUCGAGUCCUGCCCAUGGUCCAGCCACGAUUCUCCACAAACGGAGCUAGAGCUGAGUAAAGGCUCAGAGAGGAACAGGACCAUCUGCACACUCAGCGGCUCCUCCGCCCUUAUCAAGCCGUCCGCAGUGCGUCUCCGGCGGCAUGAGGCUCGAGUUUGCGCCGCUGAAUAUCCCGCUGCGGAGGAGGCUGCAGACCACCGCCGUGCUGCAAUGGGUCUUCUCCUUCAUAGCACUGGCCCAGUGCUGCCUAGCGGGUUUCGUGCUGCUGCUGCUCUCUGAUUGGUGGCUCUUAGCGGCCCUUUAUGCUGGUUGGCUGUGGCUCGACUGGGACACACCCGUCAGUGGGGGGCGCCGUUGGGAGUGGUUGCGGCAGUCGUCUCUGUGGGGCCUUUUCAGGGACUACUUUCCCCUCAAGCUGGUAAAAACUGUGGACUUGGACCCCAAAAACAACUACAUCUUUGGAUUCCACCCUCACGGUGUUCUUGUGGCUGGAGCGUUUGGGAACUUCUGCACAGAAGCAACUGGUUUCUCUGAGCAGUUUCCUGGACUCACACCUCACCUCCUCAUGCUCCCAUUCUGGUUCAGGGUCCCACUGUUCAGGGACUACAUUAUGUGUGGAGGCCUGGUUUCCAGUUGUAAGGCGAGUCUGUCCCACCUGCUGAGCCGCUCGGGGGGAGGGAACGUGGCGGUGAUCGCAGUGGGCGGAGCUCCAGAGGCUUUAGAUGCUCGACCCGGAGCCCUCACUCUUCAGGUGAAGAACAGAAAAGGAUUCAUCAAAAUGGCUCUGAAGCAUGGAGCUCACCUCGUGCCAGUUUUCUCUUUUGGUGAAAAUGAACUUUAUGACCAAAUGGAAAACCCCAGUGGAUCCACCUUGAGGCGUGUCCAGAACCGGUUGCAAAGCAUCAUGGGAUUGGCACUGCCGUUGUUCCAUGCCAGAGGAGUGUUUCAGUACAGCUUCGGCCUGAUGCCUUACAGGAAACCCAUAAACACCAUCGGUCAGUCACUGAGCCUGGACCAGGAGGACUACACUAGGAGGACUAAACUUGAUUGGAGGUCCUAUCCCUGUAAAGUCCAAACCAAGUCCCACAAAUGAAGACAUCGAGUCUCUACAUGAGCAGUACCUGCAGAACCUCACAGAUCUGUUUGAAACCCACAAAACUGAAUACGGAUACAGCAAAGACCAGCACUUAAACUUCACCUAGAAUCUGUGUCAAAACCAUGGACUCAACAGGGUCUAAAGCAGGACUAAACCAGGGCCAAAGCUGCUCCAAACAAGUGCUACAUUAUGAUAAAAACCAGGUACAGUAUUAACAAUGGCAGUGUUUACACAUAAUCUGAUUUAUGGAGUUAUCAGAUUACAGAAAUGUCAUGUGAACUGUAAUUUGAUUUCUUUCUGAUUGUUUACACUUUCACAGGUUUUGCUAAGUAAAAAUUAUGCAAAAAAGGGCAAGUUCAAAACCUAUUGUACUAGGACUAAAUCAGGUUCAGGACUAAGUUUAAAUAAGGAACCCAGCAGGAAUAAAACUUGAAAUAAUCAAGUUUAAAAAGGACUAAACCACAUUACAAAAGGAAUCAGGACUGUACAUUAUAGGACUAAACCAGGAUUUAAGCAGGUUUAAAGGUACAAUAUUUAACUUUUUUGUCUAGAAAAGUUACUUAGUGCAACUUUAAAAAAAAAAAAAAAGAAACGGUGAGUAACCCAGAUCGGAAAUAUGAAUAAUCCUGUUCUAAACCACGCCUACAUCCGGACUGAAUUAGGUAUAAAGUAGUCUAUUGUUGGACUAAACCAGAACUGAAACCAGAACAAAAAACUGCUUAAAUCAUGUAUACAGUAGAUUCAAAUGAGUAAUAAGGCAGGAAUAAAUUAAUCAAAUCUAAAAGAGGAUUACGUUUGACCUGAACGAGGUAUAAAAACAAUAAUCCAGCAAUCACCAAACUAGGACUGAACCAGGACUAAAGCAGCUCUAGUCCAGGUCUGAAUCAGGGAUUUUCUACAAUAUUGCCAAAGCGAGAAAGUGAAAAUGUUUACUCAAAAUUUGCCUUCUUCCAUAUCCUGUAUUUUCAUAAGAAUGCUAUAAAAAUAAAUCCACAAAAAUAUAUAUAGCCUUGUGCUAUGUCAGGAGUGCAUGAAUAUGUGAAAUUAAUAUAAAUAAACAUAGGAAGCUCCUCUGUAUUUGUCAAUGUGUUUAAAUUAAUAAAACACAUGUGAACAGAUCAAAA